AUGAGCUCGCAAAUUAAGGAAGUAGUGAAGAACUGCGAAGUGUGUGGUAAGUUUUCCGUAUCACAGCCGAAUCCACCCAUGAAAAGCCCCUGUAUUCCGAUACAUCAAUUCCAACUAAUUUCUAUGGACGUAUUUUUUGCCGAAUAUGAGAGACGCAAACGAGCUUUUCUGGUCACCGUUGAUCAUUAUUCCGACUUUUUUGAGGUGAAUGUCUUGAAGGAUCUUACGCCCCAAUCCGUAAUAUCGGCUUGUCAACAAAAUUUUUCAAGGCACGGGAUACCUCAAAGGGUGCUGAUGGACAAUGCAACGAAUUUCGUAAACCGGCAAAAGGUUGAGUUCGCGAAAAAUUGGGACUUCGAGUUGGUAACCUCUGCACCACACCAUCAACAAGCGAAUGGGAAGGCGGAAGCGGCCGUAAAGAUAGCCAAACGGUUGCUAUUAAAGGCCACGGAAACAGGAAAUAACUUCUGGUAUGCGUUGUUGCACUGGAGGAACAUCCCCAAUAAAAUCGGAUCUAGUCCUACGGCCCGUUUGUUUUCUCGCUCAACGCGAUGCGGUAUUCCUUGCAGUGCUGAAAAUUUGCGACCAAGAAUUGUGGAAAAUGUUCCUGAAAGUAUCGAGGACAACAGAAGAAAAAUAAAAUACAAAUACGACAAGAAAUCUCGAAACCUACCAAAUAUAGAAACUGGAUCCCCUGUCUUCGUACAGCUGACUCCGGAAACAUCCAAGUUGUGGACUCCAGGCACCAUUUCGAAGCGACUGAAUGAUCGAUCCUACGCCGUUGCUGCUAACGGAAGGGAGUAUCGUCGUAGCCUGGUACACAUUAAACCCCGCAAUGAACAAAUUCAACAGCUUGUUCAUUCAUUCGUUCCGGAACAAAACACCAAAAUUGAGCCGCAAAUAACUGCAUCAACAACCAAUGAAUAUCGACCAUAUCAACACGAUAACACCAUUUGA